UCCCCCCUUCCCUUCCCUUCCCUUGACGCUUUUCUCUUGUCACUCCCCCCCCCAAAGCAAACCCUAAAAAUUCGAGGCCGAUUCGAUUCUGAUGCGGUGAAGACGACGGAGCGAGAUUCGAUCUCAUGGAGAGGGAGAAUCACGCAGGUUUCACCUACAUGGGAAGGAGCUUUAGCAAUUUGAGUGUCAACGAUGAUUCCUCUGCUUUCAGCGACUGUAACAGCGACAGAUCCGGUGAGUUCCCCACGGCUUCCUCCGAGAGCCGCCGUCUCCUCCUCGCCUGCGCUUCUGAGAACUCCGACGAUAUGAUCCGUCAGCUCGUCGCGCAUCUCGAGUCCUGUUCCAUCGAGGAGCAGAAACAGGCGGCGAUGGAGAUCAGGCUCUUGGCGAAGAACAAAUCCGAGAAUCGGAUCAAAAUAGCUAAAGCUGGUGCGAUUAAGCCGCUGAUUGCUCUGAUCUCGUCCACGGAUACUCAGCUCCAGGAGUACGGUGUCACGGCGAUUCUGAAUCUCUCUCUCUGCGACGAGAACAAGGAGUUGAUCGCUUCGUCGGGGGCGAUGAAGCCGUUGGUGAGGGCUUUGAAGACGGGGACAUCGACGACAAAGGAGAACGCAGCUUGCGCUCUUCUCCGGCUGUCGCAGGUUGAGGAGAACAAGGUGGCUAUCGGGAGAUCGGGGGCGAUUCCUAUGCUGGUGAACCUUCUAGAAAUCGGAGGAUUCAGGGGGAAGAAAGACGCAUCGACAGCGUUGUACUCGUUGUGCUCGGUGAGGGAGAACAAGAUCAGGGCCGUGCAAUCGGGGAUCAUGAAACCGCUGGUGGAAUUGAUGGCGGAUUUCGGGUCAAACAUGGUGGACAAGUCGGCGUUCGUGCUGAGCUUGCUGAUGUCGGUGCCGGAGGCGAAGCCGGCGCUGGUGGAGGAAGGUGGAGUCCCAGUGCUGGUGGAGAUCGUGGAGGCCGGGACGCAGAGACAGAAAGAGAUCGCCGUCUCGAUCCUUCUUCAGCUCUGCGAAGAUAGCAUCGUUUAUCGCACGAUGGUGGCUCGUGAAGGUGCGAUUCCUCCGCUCGUUGCUCUGUCACAGUCCGGUACGAGUCGCGCCAAGCAAAAGGCGGAGACGUUGAUAGAGCUUCUAAGGCAACCAAGAUCCAACAAUGGCGCUGCCAGAUCCUCAGAGUUGUCAUCUUAGCUUUUUUCUUUUUUGUAGGAUUUUCUGUCCCCAUCCUCCCACAUGCCUUUGUGUCCUGUUCCCUCCGGCCCAAUCAUACUCUUCUCCACACACAGCCAAAAAAAAAAACUAUACUUUUUUUUUCUUCACGACUCUGAGAUGAAAAAAAAAAUGUAAAUAUCUUUCUGAUGCACACACCCUUUUGUCACUUGUCUUGUUUCCUUUAUAUUUGGGGGUAGUUUUUUUAAUUUUAGUUUUUAUAUUUUAGAUUUGGGUUGGCUGCCAAAACUACUUAAUUUGGUGUUUGUCUUGUUGCCUGACAAACGAGAAGAGUGUUGAAA